AUGGAGGCCCUCGAGCAGGAGAUCAAGGGCCACAAUGAGCGGCUGGAGGCCCUCGAGAGCGGCGUGAAGGGCCUGGAGCAGAAGGUGCACAAGGUGGACCAGACGAAUGAGCGGCAGGACGAGAUGUUCCGCGCCGUGAAGGAGGCCGAGGAGCGCAUGAAGGAGCGCCAGGACCAGUACGAGAAGGACAUGAAGCUCGACGUCGCGCAGCAGGUCGGGGGCCGCAUCGGGGAACUGCAGACCAUGAUUUACCAAAUCAAGACGCAAGUCAACAAACGGGGCGCCGACGGCGACGCAGCCAGCACGAUCCCGUCGGAGCAGCUCGACCGGCUCGCGGACCUCACCGAGCGCCUCGGCCGCCUCGAGACGCUGAGCCGCACCGCCACGCCCAUGCAGUCGCCCCUCAAGGGCGACCCCCGCCUCCCGGCCACGCCGUCGCCGUCCCGCGCCCGCAUCACCCUGGACCAGGACACCGCGGACGCGCCCGCCGCGCCGGCGGCCCCGGCGCGCGUCCUCGCCGAGUCCGACAUCGAGGCAAUCGUCCGCCGGGUCCUCGCGGAACAGUCCCCCCCCCGCCGGCCGUCGACGCCCCCGGCGGCGAUCGAGGGGUCCGAGGACGGCACGCUCACGGCGCGGCUCGCGGAGACGAGCUCGGCGGUCGGCGCGCUCGCGACGCGGCAGAAGGAGGACGAGGCCGGGAUGGCCGCGUUCAGGGAGACGGUGACGUCGCGGCUGCAGCACGACGCGGAGGCGCUCGAGCGGCUCUCGGGGCGCGUGGCGGCGCUCGAGGCGGCCCCGGCGGGCGACACGGCGGCGCAGGCGCGCCCGGCGGCGCGGUCGGGUCUGGCGCGCGUCGUGGUGCGCGUGCUGCUGGUGGCGGCGGUGCAGCUGCUGCUGAUGCGGCUGCUCGCGACGGCGGUGGCGCCGGAGGAGGGGGCUCCGGUCGAGGAGGGCAGCCUCGCGGCGAUGAUCAGCAAGACGGCGGCCGCGGAGUCCGACCACAGCGGGGCCAUGAGCGCCAUCCUGGUGGGCAGCGGCGCGACGGCGGUGUUUGGCGGCGUCAUGCCGCUCCUCCGCAUGAUGCGCGCGGGGCACCGCUGA